AUGGCUGUGGGAAGUGGGAAGUGGAAGGCAGGAGGCGGGAGCGGCCUCCCCGCAGACCCAGACGUGCAGAUCUUUGUGCAGAUCCCGACUGGCAAGACCAUCACCCUCAUGGUUGAGCCCAGUGACACUACUGAGAUCGUCAAAGCUAAAAUCCAGGGCAAGGAGGGCAUCCCGUCCGACCCGCAGCGUCUGAUUUUUGCAGGCAAACAGCGGGAGGGCGACCGCACUCUCUCAGACUGCAGUACUGAGCAAGAGCCCACCCUGCACGUGGUGCCUCGCCUGCAGGGCGGCCUCCUGGAGCCUUCCCUCUGCCACCGGAAGUACACCUGCCACCAGGUGACCGCCUGCCGCAAGUGUUGGCCCCACCGGCACCGCAGCGCUGUCAACCGACUGAAGAAGUGCGGCCACGCCAGCAACUUGCGCCCCGAGAAGAAGAUUAAAUAA